AUGACCUCAGAAACAGACUCCAGCAACCCGAAGGCACCCGAAUUGGCCGACCGACCAUCGUCCAUGGCCGCAGCAGCCUUCCUAGGAAUCGCCUGGUUUAUCUGCAUAGAGCUUAAUAUCCGCCUGCUCUACAGGGCAACACGUCGCAGCCUUUAUUUCUGGAGCUGCUUGCUCUGCAGUUGGGGUCUUAUUAUCCACGGCAUCUCGAUCGUCCUAGCCAACUUCAACAAGUGGACUUCGUACUCGGCCAUCCGCCACCCACGCUUCAGCGCACGGCUCGAGAAGGCCAACCUGAUCUGGGACAAAGUGCAAGUCGGCGCUUUCUUCACCCAAGAAUGCAUUAUCGGAAUGCUAUACAUCUGGCAAACAUCGAAGUACUUCCAGAGCCUCGAGCUCCUCGGCAAUAGUCGCCGCACCACUCGAGACAACCUCCGCAAUCUCAUCGCUGUCAACGUCCUCAUAAUCAUGCUCGAUGCCAGCGUUCUGGGCUUGGCCUAUAGCGGUCGCUUCUUCAUGCAGGGCUUCUAUAAGGUCGCUGUAUAUGCCGUCAAGCUGCGCACGGAAUUCACGAUCUUGAACCAGCUGAGGCAGGCGCUUGCGGGUGGCUCGACAGGUGCGUCGGGAUUUGCUGUGCAGACCGACCAGAGACCUAUCGUGAUGGCUCCUCUGAAGUCAAACGACGUGGUGGAGGUGGUUGAAUAA